AUGAAGCUCCUGAGAAGAAUGCUCCCGAUCGCCAUUCUCGGACUGGCUCUUGUAGCUAGGGCGGAGGAGUUUGAUGAAGAAGUUGGAGACGACACCGUGGAAGUAAAUGACGUCUUGGACGAAGAUGAGGGCGAUGACAUGGGAAUCAUCGACGAGCUCGAGGAAGAGUCGGAAGUUCAAAUCAAUACAUACUGGCCGGAAGCAACAAUUACUGCCGGCAAGGUUUCCGAAGUGCUUGUUUCCGUCAAGGUUGCAUCCACCGCCAUGAACCGAUACCAAUUCGGCAUCAUCGAAGGUGGCUUCCACUUUCCCCAAGACCAGAGCUACAAGGUGCAGAAUUUCUCCUCGAUCAAGUACAAUCGUGACCUCGGAUCCGGCCAAGAAGCAACUUUCCUUUACCCAUUUGUUGCCGCCGAACUCGCCGGAGGACGAUCUUACGGACUCCAGAUCAACCUCGCUUACGAAGCCGACUCCAGCCCUCCUCGUCAAAUGUUCGCAUCUGUGGUUAACCAGACGGUCGAAGUUGCCGAAAACCUCGACAAUGCCGCCGCCGAGCAGUUCUUUAUCUUUUUGACGUUCGCUGCCUUCGCCGCUGUCGGCUUCUUCCUUUUCGCUUCCAAAUUCUCGUCAAAGAAAAAGGCCGCUCCCGUGGAGGUCGGAACCUCUGCCACUGCCGACGCCAGCUGGAUUCCCGACAUUCACAUGAAGAAGAGCGCUACCACGCCGAAGACCUCUCCCCAGUCGCGCCGACGCAAGGUGGAGUAA